AUGCAUCCAUCUACCGUGUCCAAUUCACUGCCGUCCACCAGAAACACCUCCGAUAAGAAGUUGAAAGGCAAGGAGAAACCUGAGGACGUACUAGAAACAGAGACCGAGGCCAAGAGGCAGGAGACCGAGGCCAAGAGGCAGGAGGCCAAGGUCAAGAGGGAGGAAUCCGAGGUCAAGAGGAAGGAGUACAAUGUUGAGAAAGCCACCAAAGCACAACCCACUUCAGCCUCCAAUAAAACCUUCAUACGUUUGGUGAUAAGAUCAGCUCGAGCUCCUCUGGGAGUCUCACUGCCAUCGGGACUCGAGCCGCAACCUCAGGACCGCUGA